AGUGUUAAAAAGGGAGCGUGUCCAGCGAGACCCGUGGCCCAGAAGAAGGGAAGCGAGGCGACGCGAACCCCUGCCCCCCACCCAGAGGACGAGGGAGGAGGGCCGAGGGCCGGGGCCGCUAGCAGCUGCUAGGCGCUCUUCGGUGACGCGGCCGCCACGCGCAGACGCGCUGACGGGCCGCGGCCUCCACGUCUCAGGUUCCGCAAAGGCCUGUGGGAGCGACCCGGGAGAAGGAGGGCCAAGAUGGCGGAAGCGGCGGAGUCUCCCGGAGACCCAGGGACAGCAACGCCCAGGCCCCUGUUUGCAGGCCUUUCAGAUAUAUCUAUCUCACAAGACAUCCCUGUGGAAGGAGAAAUCACCAUUCCCAUGAGAUCUCGCAUUCGGGAAUUUGACAGCUCCACACUGAAUGAAUCUGUUCAGAAUACCAUUAUGCGUGAUCUAAAAGCUGUUGGGAAAAAAUUCAUGCAUGUUUUGUACCCAAGGAAAAGCAAUACUCUUUUGAGAGAUUGGGAUUUAUGGGGCCCUUUGAUCCUUUGUGUGACGCUUGCAUUAAUGCUUCAGAGAGGCUCUGUAGAUAGCGAAAAAGAUGGAGGGCCCCAGUUUGCAGAAGUGUUUGUCAUUGUCUGGUUUGGUGCAGUUACCAUCACCCUCAACUCAAAACUUCUUGGAGGAAACAUAUCUUUUUUCCAGAGCCUCUGUGUGCUGGGUUACUGUAUACUUCCCCUGACGGUGGCAAUGCUGGUUUGCCGGCUGGUACUUUUGGCCGAGCCAGGACCAAUAAACUUCAUGGUCCGGCUUUUUGUGGUGAUCGUGAUGUUUGCCUGGUCUAUAGUAGAAGACCUGAGUAUCUGGAAGUUGUAACCCUCAACACAGCUUUCCCUGAUUUGCUGCAGAGGCACGUGGCUAAUUAUAGAAAGGAAGACUAGAAGGGAAGGGGACUCCAACAAAGGAAACCCUGUUCUGGGAAUUGGAAGGUUUCACGCUUUAGAUGAAAUUCAAGCAUGUGAUGUGCAUUACUGCCAUCGUGGCUUAUCACUUGCUGCUCCUGCUUCUGAGAUUGAGACUCCGUUGUCAUAUUCUUUAGCAAUAGGGAAGGUGAAGACUGGAUUUAAUUGCUGUUCAGAUUAUAAAUACUCAAUUGAUGUGAACAUCUUUUUUGCAGUGUAGUCUUAAAAGUCAAUCAUUAAUCGUCAAGUCUUUUGCCUCUUAAGUGGUUUAUUACAUGAGUUGAGUUGUAUCUUUUCAUUGUGGGGAUUUUCUUUUGGGCAAGGUGAGGGGGUCACAGAGCAUGGGGCUAGUAAGCAUUUUACUGUUUACUGUAUUUGUCUUUUUAUAAAGUGUCCCCCAAAAUGUGAUUAGAAGGCUAACAAGCCUAUAUUUGAAGGUUUAAUUGUGUACGUUAUAUAAUCUAAGUACUUACUGUAUUUGAACUUCCUGUUUAUUCCUGGAGAUGAAAAUGAAAAUCUCCCAUCAUUUCCAAUUCUUGGAUAACAUCAAGUCAUUGAAAUUUAUCUAAAGCCUAUCGUGAUAUGAUCAGACAUCCAUUGCAUGCAGUUGUUUUAUUCCAGAGUAAAAUACUGAAAUUGUGCUUCUUAAUUAAACUGUUCAUUUCUGAGACAAUUUGGAUAGAAAUAAAUGUGUGAAUGUUAAUGCAUAUAUGUAAAUUAGAAAUACUUUUUUAGAUUCGUGGGCUUUUAUUAAAAAUAAAGAAUUUCUAGGGAUUUACUUAGGUCAUAAGAUGGCUAAAUAAUAAUGUGACAAUAAUAUUACUACAAAUAAUAGCUAACAUUUAUUGGGCACUUACUGUGUGCCAGACACUACUCUAUUUUUUUAAGAAUUUUUUGUAACAGCUUUAUUGGGAUACACUUUACCAU